AUGACCUUUCCCUCAUCUCCCUCUUGCUUGGCCUCUCCUCAGUCUCCGUCCAAUGAGAUGAACUCACAGAACCUCACCUGGGCCAGGGUUGCUCCUGGUGAAUUCAUUCUCUUGGGCAUCACAGAUCGCUGGGACCUACGUGUGACCCUCUUCCUGGUCUUCUUGCCUGUCUACCUGGUGAGCCUGCUGGGGAACGUGGGCAUGGUGCUGCUGAUCCGUGUGGAUACCCGGCUGCACUCGCCUAUGUACUUCUUCCUGGCCAGCCUCUCCCUGCUGGAUGCCUGCUAUUCCUCAGCCAUAGGCCCCAAGAUGCUUGUGGACCUGCUGCUGCCCCAUGCCACCAUCUCUUAUGCAGCCUGUGCCCUCCAGAUGUUUGUCUUUGCAGGGCUGGCUGAUGCUGAGUGUUGCCUGUUGGCAGCCAUGGCCUACGACCGCUAUGUGGCCAUUGGAAACCCUCUUCUCUACACAACAGCUAUGUCACGACGUCUAUGCCUGGCCUUGUUGGGGGCAUCAGGCCUGUGUGGCGCAGUGAGUGCCUUUGUCCACACGACCUUCACCUUCCGCCUGAGCUUCUGCCAUUCCCAGGAGAUCAACAGCUUCUUCUGUGAUAUCCCUCCACUGCUGGCCAUCUCAUGCGAUGACACCAGUCUCAAUGAACUUCUCCUCUUUGCCGUCUGUGGCUUCAUCCAGACAGCCACGGUGUUGGCUAUUGCCGUGUCUUAUGGUUUCAUUGCAGGGGCCGUGAUUUGCAUGCGCUCGGCAGAGGGCCGUCGGCGAGCAGCCUCUACCUGUGGCUCCCACCUCACAGCUGUGGCCAUGCUAUAUGGCACGCUUAUUUUCAUGUACCUGCGUCCCAGCUCCAGCUAUGCCCUGGACACCGACAAGAUGGCAUCUGUGUUCUAUACCCUUGUCAUUCCCGCUCUCAACCCGCUCAUCUACAGCCUCCGCAAUAAGGAGGUCAAGGAGGCCCUCAGGCGGACCUGGAGUCGAUUCUGCUGUCCAGAACAGGGCCACCAGUGA